AUGUCCUUUUCCGAGAAACACGAACAGCUUCCGCUUGUGGUUCCUCCGCAUGACGGAAGCCCUUCUGCUCAACCUUUGAAACACAAACGUCGAAUCACCUUCAAACACUUGAUUCCCCUCUCUCUUGUAAUCCUAUACUACUCUUUCAUCUCCCCUCUCUCUUUCAGUUCCAUCAAGCCGUAUACAGAAGUUGAACUUUUAGCCAAAGACAGUGCUAGAUGUCCUGUCCAACCUCCGACACUCAAUAUCGGCAAAGAUUGGGAUAUAGUCAACGAUAAGAUAUACGCUGAAUUAGCUACAAAACGAUUACAAAAAGCAGUUCAAAUCAAUACUGAAUCAUACGAUGAUCUACCUUCCAACGCAUCUGAUCCGAAGUUCGAUAAACAUUUCGAAUUCGCCCACUUUAUGGAGGUUGAAUAUACCAAAUUAUUCACUGAAAUCAAGCAUGAAACUGUUAAUGUACAUGGACAUCUUUUCACAUGGGAAGGAACCAAUAAAAAGUUGAAACCGAUAUUAUUAAUGGCACAUACAGACACAGUACCUGUACUUCCUGCUACACUUGAUCAAUGGACAUAUCCACCUUUUAAUGGUACAGUCACACAUGAUGCUACUCCGAACACUCCAGGAACUUGGAUUUGGGGAAGAGGUGUCAGUGAUUGCAAGAACACCUUGUUGGGUAUUUAUGGCGCUGUAGAAAGAUUGAUUACAGAAGGUUUCAAGCCUGAUAGAACUAUAAUCAUAGCCAAUGGAUUCGAUGAAGAGAUUGGAGGGUUUAGAGGUGCAGGAAAGUUAUCAGAAGUCCUCUAUGAACGGUAUGGCGAUAAUGGAAUAUCGUUUGUCGUCGAUGAAGGAUUUACGGGUAUAUCAAAUGAAUAUGGUUCUACAGUAGCAAGCUUCGGUAUGGCAGAAAAAGGUUCUGUGAACGUGAAUGUCAAAGUCGAUACGUUAGGUGGUCAUUCAAGUGUACCUCCACCUCAUACAGCUAUCGGAAUCACUUCUCUUCUUCUUGCUGAAUUAGAAGCACAUCCAUUCAAACCUACUUUAUCACCAAAAACACCUACUCUCAAGUCACUCAAUUGUUUAGCCGAUUACGCCCCGGAAUUCCCCAAAUCAAUCAAACGCGAACUGAAAGAUCCUCGUAAAUGGGAUUCUCUAGCCAAGAAAUUGGCUGGCAGUGAUAGAGUUUUGAACAGUUUCUUGGCUACCACACAAGCUAUCGAUCUGAUAUCUGGUGGAGUAAAAGUCAACGCUUUACCUGAAGUUGUCGAUGCAACUGUCAAUUACAGAAUAUCAUUCACAUCUUCAGUCAAUGAAACACUUUCACACGUGUCCAAAAUCCUUAAACCACUUGCCAAAAAAUUAGGAUAUACCAUUUCAGCUUUCGAAUCCGUAUCUGAAUCUGGAUCUGAAUCUGAUUCCACUUCGCAGAAGAAAUCUAGUUCUCACAUCACAUUAACCGUGCCCAACGGAUGGGGAUUAGAACCUGCACCUAUAACCUCAUCAGAAAGUAAAUCAUUCGCACUACUUGGUGGAACAGCGAAAGCUGUCUUUGGUGAUAAUACAAUCGUUUCCCCUUCUGGGAUGUUCGCCAACACCGAUACUAGAUGGUUCUGGAGACAUACAACUGAUCUUUACAGGUUCACCCCCGCUUUGAUCACUGAGAAUCUCAAUCAACACACAGUCGACGAGCGAAUCAGUCUUGAAGGUCAUUUAAAUGCUACUAAAUUCUUCUAUCAAUUGAUUCAAAAUUCAGCAGGUUGGAAUGCCGAGUAA